UAAUGUAUAUGCAUAUAUAGAGGUGUAUACACAUACAUAUAUAUACAUAAAUCUACCCUUGUAAACAGUGUAAUGUAUAUGCAUAUAUAGAGGUAUAUUUUGAGGACAUACAGAGGGAGAAGUCUGAAGUAGUAGAAGAAAAUAAGGGUUGAUAUCUGUUGGUGUUUGUGUAUAUCAAACGCUUGUUCUAGCAUACAGGUAGAAGCACUAUCAAGUUUUUACAUAUAUUUAUCAGGCCAAUAUGUCCAUAAUGGUACGCCCUUCCGCCGGGGUUAGUCCUGUGGCACUUACACAGACAAUCAAUGGUUCAUACUUGAGAAAGAUUUUAUAUAACACAACACGCAAUGGUACUCGGCGUACUUUGGCAUCUAGACGGAGUGACAUUUCACGUACCAACACGUUGUACACUCCACACACCCCAUCGAGUGUGUCCAAGUUACUGAAUAAGCAUAUAAAUGCGCAUACCAGCACACGUUACUCUGAUGCAGGCGGGAAGUAUAAUUACGGGACAAUACCGGUACGCCUGUGCCACACGGCACGUAUGGCUGAGGACAGUUCGGGUGACGAGGCCACGUACUCAGAACGCGACGCCAGCACAGACAAAGAAAAAGCUAGAGUACGCUUUGUUAACUAUAAGCUACCACCUGGGAACAAUGUAGUCAGAUCGAAAUCGCCUGUGCGUGAGGGUUUGGGGGUCAAAGUGGAGGAGAAAGCGGGUAAAUCAGGGGGUGUGGUGCCCGAGGAGGAGAGUGCGAACGGGAAGAUAGACGAAUCAGGUGGCCUAAGCUCGGAAAGUGGCACAGUUAUUCCUGCUGCGGAGUUUACUGGUGAACAUAUACUCAAUGAAUGUACUAUAAGACGCGGGCCAGCCAAGAAUACUAUGGAAGUGAACUUUCAAGAUGAUGACAACGCAGGAGAAGUUGUCGAUACUCAGAUAGACGUUGAGGCCUUUUUAGAUGUCAGCACUGGCUGGAAACCGCCCAUACUGACUGAGGAACAGCUCGAAGUCAAAGAAGCUGCGACGCGCGAGUUCCAACAAAACAAGUACAACUCAGAUGCCACACCCUUCUGGCCAUCCAUUGUACGUCGCAAUGAAGAGGUGCGGAGGAAGAUACAGGAGCGAUCCCCGGAAGCGUUCAUUGAUCUGAUGACCAGCAAGGAUCUGUACCGCACGACUAAGCGCCGCGGAAAUGGGUUCCAUGAAUACGAUGACUAUAACCUGUUGGUGGCUCUGCAGGAGUACGAGUAUGAAGAUGAUGUCAAUUGGAAGGCCGUCACUAAAUAUGUUGCCGCCCUGUCCACACACGGUAUAAUCACGAGGAAACUGGUCCACAGGCGAUGGUACUUGACACUGGACCCUGACCUGAAGCACGGCGGCUGGGACGACCAUGACGAUGAACGACUCAAACAAGCGGUUGAGCAAGUCACGAGCGAACUAGGCACCGUCAACUGGUCUGCAGUACAGAUGGUCAUGAAGGAUCGAUCACUCAAGCAGUGUCGGGAGCGAUGGACCGGAUCACUCAACCCCGACAUCCUAAGAGGUGGAUUCACGAAAGAAGAAGACAUGCUCCUGGCUGAUCUUGUUAAACAAGAGGAGAUGCGCCCGGAACAUCUUAAACAAGGCAAACGGUUUUGGACUGAAACUGGCAAGCGACUUGUGGGCAGAACUUACCUACAAUGCAAAAACCGAUGGGUCAGAUCACUCGACCCCACUCUCAAUAUGGGUCCUUGGACCGAAGAGGAAACCAAUAAGUUACGAGACUUACACAGUAAGCACGAUGGUUCUUGGGUACUCAUUGCCGAAGAGUUGGAAGGGCGGAGUCCGAGGGGGUGUGAAGCCCAGUGGGUGACCCGGGCAGGUCCCGAGGUUACCGCAGGCUUGAAGAUGUGGUCUGAGGAGGAUAUCAUGAAACUUGCCUUGAGCGUGGCGAAGCACAAGGCAAUCCUUCGGCACACCUGGGGGAGCGUUGCGAAAACUGCCGGACUCAUGCGAGCCCACCACGUGUGUCGCGGCAUGUGGGUGGCCGUUAGCAACAGCCUCACGCUGGACCACAACUACGACUCCAGUAUUCUGGACAUAAACGUCAAGAUCGACGCCUCCGAGUUACCCAAGGUCAGCGAGAUGUACCAAGAGGCGGUGAAGAAGUACCUGUUGUCGCUGAAACUGCGGAAGGGCGUGGACAAAGUCACCCAACUGGUUGAAGAUGAGGACAGGAAGCAGACCCAGGAAGUUAAGCAGGCGGAAAGGAAACAACUCCAGGCCGUGGUCAAUGCGGUCUCUAGCUUGCAGCGUGAGGUGCGUAACAUCUCAGCCCGCAAUGCCGAACAGACUGCGCUGUCGGAAGGUGCGGUGGCGGCUAUCAUCAGACUCAAGAAGGCCCACCACGAAGCGUCCGUGCGCAAGGCAACCGGCCCCAAAAAGAGUCGAACAGGUGCUUUUUCAACCAAGGCUUCCGCGGCCCAGACCAAGAAGCUCAAGUUGGAGAGGGAGCGUAACGAAUACCAACUCCGCAGCUUGACGGAGAAGUACAAUGUCGCUGAGGCGGAUACGGAUCACGAUCAGAUGUUCUACUACUCGUAUGCGCGAGCGAUGGUACACGAGAAACUGAGAGACUUGGACGCAGCACUGGUGGACUACAAGACAGCCUCAGCGCUACGGAAUGAAGAUGCGCGACCGUUUUUGAGUAUGGCGCUGAUCUACAUGGAGAUGUACAAGCAGGAUGAGGCGUUCGAGUGUAUCAACGAGGGUUUCAGCCGCGACCCCGAUCGAGAAACCGAAGAGUCUCUCAAGACGGUGAUUAUGAAUUGGAUUGAAGAGGGUGCUUUGGCGGAAGAGGAUCCUUGAAAUUGCCUGUGGGAGAUCGGAGUCUGAAGAGUGUAGAGCAGGUGUAGCCGAUGCCAUUGCAGCACAACAAUCAGACAACACCCAGGCCAUGCUACGACAAUCCAACAACGUCUUAAAGUCAUAACAUCCAGGACAAAGGACAUCAGGGUAGUGGGCCGCACCAUUGUAGAUUUACUGACAGAUGACAUGUGGUGGGGUGGGACACACUGAGACAUACACAUCACGGCUGAUGUGUGCGGCCUGACGUCCGGGCAGGGCAUGCUGCUAUGGCAACUGUUACAGACCGAUACCACCUCAGGGGUCCAUAGCAACGGAGCGGAAGAUCAAACACGCAUACAGAAACACGGAGGUCUCUAGUCGGUAGUCCAGGCUUCGGGCGCACGGUUUUUGUGGUUUCACAUACACCUGUCCAUUACGACUACCUACUUCUACCUACCCACCGAACGCCGAUGACUGUACACGACUCGGGCGAAAAUGGUGUUUACAGAGUAGGUGACGGAAUAAGCCUUGCUGUGACGGAAUAAGCAUUGUGGCGACGCAAUAGGUAUACCUGACCACUCGUGACGACAUACUUCAGGUGAAGAGUUUAAACCCCUGAGGUGCGUACGGCGGGUGUAGCACUUUUGCGUCGUAUAGGCAGAGCAAUAGGCCGCGCAGUGUCAACGGGAUGUAGUGUCAAGACGUGUCAUAGGUAGGUGUCCUUGUGACAGCUUUCGUAUAUACGAGUGGAUGGUUGUACUCCCCGUAUCACUAUGGCAACGCGGGGAGAUGGGUAGUGGUACAGUCGGAGCAUCUGCAGCAUUGCACUGACAUAAGUCUGAGUUAUCGUCAGUCUGUUACUACGUAGUGGGUUGAGAGGUGACCGGGUGUGUGGUGUAAAUGAUCUAUAAAUAGUGUGUGUACGGUUGUAUAGCACCUGCUGUUUGACAGGGCGUACGUAUCCCGUGGACCACGUCCGUCUGUUGUACAUAGGGCUUGUAAGUAUCGGAUACAGUAGUGGGGUGAGUUCGGUGGGGAAUCAGGUCCCUAUUCCUUCCUGAUGGCCAAAGUGUCAAGUGUCCUCAUCUACACACAAACGGUUCACGAUGCGAAAAUGGUGUUAGUUCGUCAGGUGUAUGAGAACUAAAGCCCCUCCAUAACCGCAACGCUCUCGUCAGCGGUAGGUACCCAGUCGUGUCUCUCCCGCUGUCUGAGCAUACACGAGCAAGGCGGAGCAUGUGACUGGUCGUUGUGUGAGGCUCUGAUCCGACUUAUGGGGCAUGGAUGUAACACAGAAAUGGCCCAUUGCGCCAGAAAAUAAAUAAAAUAAUAGUGGGCAAAAAUGAAUUGUCUCGGG